AUGACAUCUCCCCACUUGGUUUCCAUAGCAUCCGUUCCUGAAGAGCCCUAGAAAGGCCCUUGGUCAGGGCGAUCCGCCCAGCUCCCCUGGGAAGUUGGCGAGCUGGCUAGCCAAAAGCAGCGUUCUGGGUUCCUGAACUCCCUCUGUCCGUGGUGCUGAAAUGCUCAGCUGCGACGCGCGCACUAAGGGCGCGGUCAGCGUUUUUGGAAAGCCUCCCCUGAUGCUACCUAAAUCACAGCCGUGUGUCUGUUACUCACGCACGUUCACAAAAAGCAGCUAACCUCAGCCUUAAUUCGACUCUGCCACUCUGCGGCAGAGCACAGUUACGCCAGCGCGAUGGGAGGAGACCACGCUAAGGCAAGAAGCUAACAGCAGCAUCGCUCACCUGAGGUCUGGGAGGCUCCCCAGGGUUCUGAGAGCUAUGAGCUCUGCUCAGCAAAGUCACCGCUUUAGACAGUAGGGUUCUUUCGCUUUUUCCCUAACACAAGGGUUCGAUGACGUUUCUGGUCCCUCUGAUUAAUAGCCAGCGGAUUUGAUUGCAAUAAGCCUUCAAAACCGGGAAUUAACGUUGUUUUUCAGUGAGCUGACUUCCAGAACGGGGGACUCGUCAGCACCCGCCCAAAUACCACGGCACUGCGCGCGCCCUCCCGGCCACCGGAUCCUCCCCUUCCAAUGAGACUUUGUGACUCCGUGUACCAGUUCUCCUAUUAGGAAACCCGUGGGCUGCAUGCAGCUGUUCUCUUGGACACUCUUUCUUGCUCUCUCUCCCCUCUCCAAUUCACAGGCUUGCUGGAAAGCUCACCUCUGUUUGCAGAGAAGAAAAGGCUCUACCUUAACCGACUAAGACUAUGCGCAGAACUCGCCUUUCAUAGCCAUCACAAUUUAAAUCUGGCAAGGUUGGACACCAGUCUUUAUAAGAAUGGAGUCGGUAAAGCAAAGGAUUUUGGCCCCCGGGAAAGAGGGGAUAAAGAAUUUUGCUGGAAAAUCCCUCGGCCAGAUCUACAGGGUGCUGGAGAAGAAGCAAGACACCCGGGAGACCAUUGAGCUGACGGAGGAUGGCAAGCCCCUGGAGGUGCCUGAGAAGAAGGCUCCCCUGUGCGACUGCACCUGCUUCGGCCUUCCGCGCCGCUACAUCAUAGCCAUCAUGAGCGGCCUCGGCUUCUGCAUCUCCUUUGGCAUCCGCUGCAACCUGGGCGUGGCCAUUGUGGACAUGGUCAACAACAGCACCAUCCACCGCGGAGGCAAAGUUAUCAAGGAGAAAGCCAAAUUCAACUGGGACCCUGAAACCGUGGGGAUGAUUCACGGCUCGUUCUUCUGGGGCUACAUCAUCACCCAGAUUCCGGGUGGAUAUAUCGCAUCGCGGCUGGCUGCCAACCGGGUCUUUGGGGCUGCAAUACUGCUUACCUCUACCCUCAAUAUGCUGAUCCCGUCAGCAGCCAGAGUGCAUUAUGGAUGCGUCAUCUUCGUUAGGAUAUUGCAGGGGCUUGUGGAGGGUGUCACCUAUCCAGCCUGUCACGGGAUAUGGAGCAAGUGGGCCCCUCCUUUGGAGAGGAGUAGGCUGGCUACCACCUCCUUUUGUGGUUCUUACGCUGGCGCGGUCAUUGCGAUGCCCUUAGCUGGCAUCCUUGUGCAGUACACUGGAUGGUCUUCGGUAUUUUAUGUGUAUGGAAGCUUUGGCAUGGUCUGGUACAUGUUCUGGCUUCUGGUGUCUUACGAGAGUCCUGCAAAGCACCCUACCAUUACAGAUGAAGAACGGAGAUACAUAGAAGAGAGCAUUGGAGAGAGCGCAAAUCUGUUAGGUGCAAUGGAAAAAUUCAAGACCCCGUGGAGGAAGUUUUUCACAUCCAUGCCCGUCUACGCGAUAAUUGUUGCCAACUUCUGUAGGAGUUGGACUUUUUAUUUACUGCUCAUCAGUCAACCAGCUUAUUUUGAGGAAGUUUUUGGAUUUGAAAUCAGCAAGGUUGGCAUGCUAUCUGCGGUCCCACACCUUGUCAUGACGAUCAUUGUGCCUAUCGGGGGGCAAAUUGCAGAUUUUCUAAGAAGCAAGCAAAUUCUUUCAACAACUACAGUGAGAAAGAUCAUGAAUUGUGGUGGUUUUGGCAUGGAAGCCACCCUGCUUCUGGUUGUUGGCUACUCUCACACUAGAGGGGUGGCCAUCUCCUUCUUGGUGCUUGCAGUAGGGUUCAGUGGAUUUGCUAUCUCUGGUUUCAAUGUUAACCACUUGGAUAUUGCUCCAAGGUACGCCAGUAUCUUAAUGGGCAUUUCAAAUGGCGUUGGCACACUGUCGGGGAUGGUCUGCCCGAUCAUUGUUGGUGCAAUGACAAAGAACAAGUCCCGUGAAGAGUGGCAGUACGUCUUCCUCAUUGCUGCACUGGUCCACUAUGGCGGAGUCAUAUUUUAUGCAAUAUUUGCCUCAGGAGAGAAACAACCUUGGGCAGACCCCGAGGAAACAAGUGAAGAAAAAUGCGGCUUCAUUCAUGAAGAUGAGCUGGAUGAAGAGACGGGGGACAUCACCCAGAAUUAUAUAAAUUACGGCACCACCAAGUCUUACGGUGCUACCACACAGGAGAACGGAGGCUGGCCUAAUGGCUGGGAGAAAAAAGAAGAAUUUGUUCAGGAAGGAGCACAAGAUGCAUACGCCUAUAAGGACCAAGAUGAUUAUUCAUAACGACGCUACUUGCUGGAUUUGUUUCUGGUGUUAUGAUUACAUUAAUUGUGAUUGCACAAAAUAAUCUUAAAAAUGUGGUGUAAACAUGUAAACAUACCAACCAAGCAAGUCUUGCUGUUUUAAAAAAGAAAUAU